GUGAAAAACUUUAUUCGUGUGUGUCCAAUGAUUCAAUUAGCAGCUUUACAAUAAAUGCAAUGUUACAAAGAUAAAAGAAAUUGCGUAAAAUUAAAUGAUUGUUUUGGUUGUAUGUUUCUAUUUGGUACACACACAAACACACAAAGCUGUCAGUCUCUGGCAUUAAAAAAAAAACGUACUGCUGCUCUAAAAGUUUGUGCUUCCCUCCAAAAGAACUCCAUUAACUACAUAUCUGGCUUGGUGCAGCUCGGUUUUGGUAGGUCCUUGAGGCUACAAUAAUCUUUCUCUUGCCAAAAGCAAGAAAAGGAACUGAAGUCAGGAAAUCUUAUACUUCACUACAAAGCCACCGCACUGCUUUGGAAGUCUGCUCCGAACUGGGGUGGGGAGCAGCGUCUUCCCCUUUUCCAUGCCCUUCCCGCAAAGAGCAGCGACUGCAGAAUACCGAGCCGCCCGAGUUCUAGGCCGGAACCCACUGAUUCUAAGCCGGAACCGGCGCGAAACUCUCGCGAGAGGCUCCCGACCGCCGCGAGCCGCGAGCCUUCCAGUUACCGUCGCCUAUCUCAGCGCGCCCAAAGACUGUCUCCUUCCCGCCAGCCUCUUCCACUGUCGCGGGGCAGGCCGGAACCUUUAUCCAUAGGAACGGGUUUACAAAGUAGAGUGUUGCCGGCCGGCGGCAAAGAGAAUAGGGUGCCAUCCUCUUCCUCUCACCGUCGCCGCCGCGGAGCGAGCCCAGCAGAUUAGAUCGAGGAGCGCGGUUACCGGUUGGGCUGGGUCUAUGGUCGCUCUGUGGGCCGCUCCACCGGCUGGUGCUUUUUUAUCAGGGCAAGCUGUGUUCCAUGGCAGGGAACUUUUGGCAGAGCUCCCAUUAGUAAGUGAUCUUACGUCUUCUCGUCCAGGGCGGGCUCUUGUUGGGGGGCGGUGUGGACCGGGCCUGCGACUCUCCUUGGCCUGGAUCCCUGUCCCAAGUUCGGUGGAGUCUCCCGGGAGGUGGCGGCAGCCGGAAGCGAGUUUGCAAUGGAUUUUGGAUAAACAAGAUCUGUUGAAGGAACGCCAAAAGGACUUAAAGUUUCUCUCAGAAGAAGAGUAUUGGAAAUUACAGAUAUUUUUUACAAAUGUUAUCCAAGCAUUAGGUGAACAUCUUAAAUUAAGACAACAAGUUAUUGCCACUGCUACGGUCUAUUUCAAGAGAUUCUAUGCCAGGUAUUCUCUGAAAAGUAUAGAUCCUGUAUUAAUGGCUCCUACAUGUGUGUUUUUGGCAUCCAAAGUAGAGGAAUUUGGAGUGGUCUCAAAUACAAGAUUGAUUUCUGCUGCUACUUCUGUAUUAAAAACUAGAUUUUCAUAUGCCUUUCCAAAGGAAUUUCCUUAUAGGAUGAACCAUAUAUUAGAAUGUGAAUUCUAUCUUUUAGAAUUAAUGGAUUGUUGCUUGAUAGUGUAUCAUCCUUAUAGACCUUUGCUCCAGUAUGUGCAGGACAUGGGCCAAGAAGACAUGUUGCUGCCCCUUGCAUGGAGGAUAGUGAAUGAUACCUACAGGACGGAUCUUUGCCUACUGUAUCCUCCUUUCAUGAUAGCUUUAGCCUGCCUGCAUGUAGCCUGUGUUGUACAGCAGAAAGAUGCCAGACAGUGGUUUGCUGAGCUUUCUGUGGACAUGGAGAAGAUUUUGGAAAUAAUCAGGGUUAUUUUAAAACUGUAUGAGCAGUGGAAGAAUUUUGAUGAGAGGAAAGAGAUGGCAACUAUCCUUAGUAAGAUGCCGAAACCAAAACCUCCUCCAAACAGUGAAGGAGAGCAGGGUCCAAAUGGAAGUCAGAACUCUAGCUACAGCCAAUCUUAAAACAUUCCGGAAGAAUUCCGUAGUGGACCAGUUGGAAAUAAACCAUUGGACAGAUUUCAGUAAUGUCGUCAGUGGAACACAAAUGAAAAUGAAUAGCUUGUUUCUGUCAAGCAUAUUGGGAAGUGAUUUUAUUUUUGCAAAAUAAGUUUUCCUUACCUAAUUUGACUCUAGUAUCUAAUUGAUUAAAAUCUAUUGUUUAUAAAGGUUUGGAAAGAUUCUAAGGGGACCUACAGACAGACAGACAUUUGAAAAUUAAUAGCUUUUGAUUCAUAUAAUUUUUUGUAAUUUGGAUAAUAAAAAUUGUAGCUUUUUAUUAAACCAGGAAACAUGAAGCAUAAUUUGUUUAAAAUUCUCUUUGGUCAUUAAACGACCAAAAAAGGAAAUAAAAUCAAAUAUAUGAGGGUUUUUUCCCCCCCUCCUUAGAUUAAACUUUAAAACUGUAUUUAAGGAAUCAAAUCUUGGAAAAUCAUGGAAGGUUUUAGUAAUGAUACUGAUAAUUUCAGGGAAAUUAAUGAAGUACCUAUUGAUUUUAAAGUAUAUUUUAUUCAGUAGUUUUGGUAUCUUGCCAUGGAGGAUACUAGCCCAGCCUAGCAGAAAAGUGCAAUAUGUAUAGCAUACUUUGACAUUUUAAAAGUUAUAAUUAAUUCCUUAACCAUUUUGAAAUGCUGGGCAAAUGUUUAAAAAAAUGGUACAUAAAGUAUUUGCAUUUAAUUCAUUUAAUCAGGCAUUUUGAAAGCUGAUUGGAUAAAACACGGUAAUAUGGUUGAAAAUUUGGUAACAUUUUAAUGUUAUUUUUACUCUACUGUGAAAAGUUUUUUAUAUGACAUACACACCCUAGUUUAUUUUUGUGUCUUAGUGUGGACUCACCAAUUUAUUACAGGUAUCCUGAGCCAGGAACACAAUCAGGUUUCAUGCCACUUUUGAUACUGGCUAUUCUUAAUUCUCAUAUGAGUGUAGGACUUAAGACUAAAUGUUUCGUCAGUGGGACUGUGCUGUCUGUGGAACUUAAUAAAUUACGUGAUCAUUUUCUUCAGACUUGAAGGAGAGUGAUAAAUAAAAUUUGGAGUCAUAGGAUAUUGAUGUACAAUUUAAGGAUUAAAUUUUUUUAUAAAUCAGUUGUAAACAAUGGAUUAUUAAAUUAAAUGUUGACUUGCUAGUAUAAAACUGCAAGAAUAAAAGUAAAUUCUCCAGCUAUAUCAACUAGUGUCUCGAAUUUAUUAUUUUGAUUCUGCCUUAUGUUGUGUUUUGAGAGUCUUUCUUCCUUUGGAUAAGUAUUAAAGUCUUCUGUAGUUUAUCAAGUGGGUAAUUUCAAAUGGUUUAUAAACAUAUUUUUAGAGUUCUGCUUUUUUGUGGAGAGUAUCAAAUAAGCUGGAGAGAUUAUAAAGUAAGUCCUAGUGACAAACAUAGGUCUUCUAGGCUUAUGAAAUAAGAAAAAAGCUCUUCUCAGGUCUGAAGGAAUUAAGUGGGCUUGGGUUCUAAAGGAAUUAAGGUUGGGCUUGGGUUUGAAGGGCAGAGUGAAUUAUAUGGCAUAUUUUAUAUGACUUAAUUUUUCCUUUAAGCUUAUCUAUAUUUCUAAGACCUUUUUAUUUUGAAAAUACAUAUGCCUUGUAGUUUUGCUU